UAUCUCCCAAGAUCCCGAAGGAGAAUGAGGAAUCUGAAUUUGCAUCUCCUUCUAGGUCAACGACAGCUCUCUCCUCCGCGCCUUUCCCCUUCUGCCCUCCACCCCGCGCUGAUGGUGGGCCACAGGGCGAGGCGUGGGUUGAGAUUCCACAGCCGCCUCAAAUUCCAUGAUCACACAGUUCGUCGGAUUCACCUGCGAGGACGGAGAUACUGCUUCUCCAAAACUAGCUUUGGGGAGACUUGAAAGCCAACAAAUCCUGGCCAUGGGGCUCUGAAGAUUAAACCUGCUGCCUUCUCAUGGAAGAUUCUGGGGUUGAUUUGGACCUACUGGACGAGUUGUUAUCAGGGCCAGACCUCGAUUGCUCUGACGAACUCUUGCAAACAAACACAUCGUCGACCCCCUUGAGCACUUUUUCCAACUUCGAUGAUCGAGUUGCUGUUCUUCGACCUUCUUCCACAGGUUUCGGUUACGAGCCAGACAUGAUCUGGCAGAUUCAGACCAAAGAUCCAGUGCCUACUGUCGAGCAAAGAUUGAACCAUGCUCUUAGAUACAUCAUGGAAUCGCAUAGAGACAGCCACAUCCUUGUUCAGAUUUGGAUCCCUGUCAUGAGAGGGGACAAGCAGAUCCUCACCACUCAUGGCCAACCUUUCUCGCUAGAUCUCGCUUGCCAGAGCCUUGCCAAUUAUCGAACGGCCUCGACUAGGUACCAGUUCAUGGCCGAUGAGGGCUCUCAUCAGGCGGUGGGCUUGCCCGGCCGGGUGUUUCUGGAGAAGUUGCCUGAGUGGUCACCGGACGUCCGGUUCUUCAGCAGCUAUGAGUACCCUCGCCUGAGGGAUGCUCAGCAGUUCGAUGUUCGCGGCACGAUAGCACUGCCGAUCUUCGAGAAGGAGAAUCGAUCUUGCUUAGGGGUGGUGGAGCUGGUGAUGACCACGCAGAAGGUCAAUUACAGUUCGGAUAUUGAGAAAAUUUGCAAUGCUCUUCAGGCUGUUGAUCUCAGGACCUCUGAAGUUUUUGGCGUGCCCCGUUUAACAAUGGCCGGCGACUCAUACCGAGCCGCCUUACCGGAGAUCCAGACGGUCUUGAAGACGGCCUGCGAGAGACACCGGCUGCCACUAGCUCAAACAUGGAUCUCAUGCCUUCAGCAGGGCAAAACGGGCAACCGCCACUCCGACGAAACCUUCAUGGACUGCAUUUCGACCGUCGACGAUGCUUGCUACGUGCAGGAUCCCACCAUGGCGGAAUUUCAACAAGCAUGCUCCGAGCACCACUUGCUCAGAGGCCAAGGCGUCGUCGGCAGAGCAUUUACGACCAAUCAGCCCUGCUUCGCGUCGAACAUCACAGACUUCAGCAAGAUCGAGUACCCACUGUCGCACCACGCGAAGUUGUUCCACUUGAGGGCCGCGGUGGCGAUUCGGCUCCGGUGCAUUUAUACGGGGAAAAUCGACUUUGUGUUGGAGUUCUUCUUGCCUGCCGGUUGCAUAGAGAGUGAAGAACGGAAACUACUGAUGCUCACGAUUCAGCAAGUGUGCAGAACCUUGCGAGUCGUGACGAAUAGGGAAUUAGAGGACGCGAGUUCUCUGUUCAGAAACAAGGAGAAAAAUGUCCCUGCGGCUUUACUUUCUGAAACAAUGAUGAAAUCCAGAGAAGGUUUAUCGAAGAAUCUUUUUCCAGCCUCCAUGCAAGGGCAGUAUAUGAAAAUGGAACGCGAGAGGUUCAGCGUUUCGACGCAGCUGUGUGAUGAUUCCCAUAAUGAUUAUACGAUUUCUUUUUCAACUGAAUCUAGUGCUCUGAAUACGAAGAAGUUGACGGAUAAGAAACGCACGAAGAUUGAAAAAACUGUCACUCUGCAGGAGCUUCAGAAAUAUUUCGCUGGCAGCUUGAAGGAUGCUGCCAAAAGCCUCGGAGUGUGCCCUACGACUCUGAAAAGAAUCUGUAGGCAGCAUGGAAUAAAUCGAUGGCCUUCUCGAAAGAUCAAGAAAGUCGGUCACUCCUUGAAGAAACUGCAAGUGGUCAUAGAUUCAGUCCAUGGCUCUGGAGGAGGAGGAGGAGGCGGCGGCAUUCAGUUCAGCUCCCUGUAUGAGAAGUUCAUCAAAACCACUUGGUCGGAGAACAACACUUUUUCCUUCUUCAAGCCACAUGAUCAGCCCGAAUCCUCUAACUUAAACCCAGUGAUCGAAGGUAGAUUCGCCUCGCGCACCUCUGGAUCGAAUUCCCUUUGCAGCUCGUCGUGCAGCCAAAACUCUAAUUCAAGUCAGGGAUGCUCCAGUGAGCAAAAGCAGCAGUGUGACAGAGCUGAUGAACUUGUUGCAGCUGUAGAAGAAGCUCAGACGCACGAAGAACUGCUGCAUCUCCCAACUCAAGGGCCCCAAAUUCAAGAGCUUCAAAUGGAUCAUUGUUCUCUUCUGCCAAUGCAUCAACAUGAUUUUUUCAAGGUCAAGGCAGUUUGUGGGGAAGAGAGAGUUAUAUUCAGACUACAUCCUGCCUGGGGGUUCCAAGAUUUAAAGCAGGAGAUACAUCGCCGGUUCGGAAUAGCUGAUUCGAUAUCAGUGGAUAUCAAGUACCUCGAUGAUGACUUCGAAUGGAUCCUGAUGACAUGCGAUGACGACCUUAAGGAGUGCAUUGACGUCUACAAACUAUCAAAUGCUCACACCAUCAAACUUUUCAUUCUUCAUGUUGCUCAAUUACCAACUACCAGAUCAUCAUGGUGAAGCACAGGACUACAGCUGAGCUAUAAAGAAGGUAUCGAUCACUCUCGUGCUUACAGCUGAAUUGCUAACGCACCAAGACCUUCCGCAUCAAAUUUGGAGUUUGUAAUCAUGUAUAGUUUUGUAAAGUAAGUGGUAUUUGCCACCAUUUUAUAGGCAGAUCCAAUGACUUUCUUUCUGCUUUGUUGUAUCAUUUGGAUUUCAGUGAAAGUUGCACUAGGUUUGUGUACAAUAAGU